CCGGACCGGAAAUAGCGUGAGGUUACCGAAGUGAAGUGUUACACCUGACCAGUCCCCAAAGAGUCCUGAGCUGCUGUUCGUCUGCCCAUCGCUUCCCUCAGAGCUGUGUCUGCAGAACAGAGAAGAUGUUGAGAAGUGCCUCAGCACAGAUCUUCAGGCAGGUGGUGAGAUACAGGAGCACAGAUGCCAGCCUCAUCCUGGAGAGAUCGAUAAACCGAGUGCAGCUGUUAGGUCGAGUUGGUCAGGAUCCUGUGAUGAGACAAGUGGAGGGCCGUAACCCUGUUACCAUCUUCUCUUUAGCAACAAAUGAGAUGUGGCGCUCAGGAGAGGGAGAGAUGACCUCAACAGGUGACAUCAGUCAGAAGACGACCUGGCAUCGUGUGUCUGUGUUCAAACCCGGUCUGAGGGACGUGGCCUACCAGUACGUCAAGAAAGGGUCUAGGAUUCUAGUGGAGGGCAAACUGGACUACGGGGAGUACGUGGACAAGAACCAAGUCAGACGUCAGGCCACCACCAUCAUCGCAGACAACAUCAUCUUCCUGAGCGACAACGUGCGAGACAGAACCUGAUGGAUUUUUCCUCAACAACACGACUCCUUUUUGCAUCUUCUUGUUUAUACAAAAUUAAGGCUGAGGACUUGAAUGCCAACAAAUAAAGGAACUGAUUGACCCACCAGAGGGAGGAGGGGGGACAUAAUAAGCUGUGACACACAUCAUGUCUGACUGUGGAGCCUCCUGCUGCUGGAAAAUGAAGAUGCAUCAAGAGUAGCAGAAGAAGCCCACUGUGUAUAUACACUUACUGAUUAUGAUUUUUUUUAUUGUGCUGCAUUUAUGCUCUUUUUGCGAGUUCUCAAAGUUUUAUGUGUGAGAAUAAUGUAGAAAGCAGGAGUUUGAGGGAUGAAAAUACACUGAAAUAAUAUAGUUAAUCCAUCAAACUUGUUUCAGAAUGCUUCUCUUAAAUCAUAACACUGAGUUUGGUGACUCAGUACAAGGUUUUGAAAAGUUGUAGCUCUGUUAAGAGCAACUGUCACUCAUGUUGAAGAUCAUAGACAAAGUUACUGCAGUUUUUCUUCUUUGUGCCAGUUAAUUCAGCUGCUUCCUGUCUCAUUUGCAAGGAGAAAGCAGUCGCCAUGUCAGUGUCAAGCCCAUUAAUAUGAGACUGCUUCUUAAAGUGCAACACACCAAACUGACCUCAAGCGCAUUCAACAUUUGACAUUUUGCAUAUUUUAACUUGCCACACAGUCGACUUCAGAAGUGGACAAAUCACUAGUGGAUCAUAUGGUAUCCAUCUUUGUCAUGUGAUGAAUGUUUGGCUCUUUUGAUCUCAAAGUGCUUGUGAAACCUGUAAAAAAAAAAAACUGGCACAAGUUUUUCACAUGCAAACAUUGAGUAUUUUCAGCUUGUGUCAUGUCCUGUUUGGACUUGUCUCGAUGACAAGUGUCAGCUGUCUUUCUUGCACUUCUCUUGAUGCAAAUCUCACAGUUUCUCUUCUCUCACAGGAGAGAAAAGCUAAGAUAAGUGAAACUUGAGUGUUAAAAAAAAAAAAAAAAAGGAGACCAGCAUGCAAGUUUAGGGGAAGGACCUUCAGUUUUCUUUUGCUUUAUGUUUUCCUGUUUAUAUCCCUGAAUUGUGCAUAGUUAAAACUGCACAUUGUUGUACUGAUGUGACAGGUUUUUUUUUUUAUCUGUUGCAUUUAUUCUUGCUUUCCUGUCACACUCUUGUCGGUUCUUAUCACAUUUAUCUUUUUUUCAUUUCCUUCCUGGACAGUGACUGGUCGCUUUCAGCUCACUUCUGUUGGCUCAUUUCUCUGUAAUUGUUAAUAUAACUGACAAUUUUUCCUGCUCCUUUCUUACAGUCACAACAUUUAAGCUCCCAGUGUUAAUAACUGUUCAAUCAACAGAAGUGAAUCAUUAAAAACAACCUUAUAAACAUAAAAAUAAAUCAUAAAGGCCAGUUAGAGAAAAUGUGUCACAGAUAUUUGCAUAAAGACGCAUAAAAACAUGUACUUUAAAGUUUCUGGUUUUUAAAUGUCUGCACUGCUGGGCGUUGAUUGGCUGUUUCUGUCACUGCGGGGCGGGGCUUUACGCAAAGGUAUUCUUGGCCUAAAGUGAUUGGUCGCAGACAUUUUCUCGAUUGGUCGCGUCACCUGUCAGUUAAAGGCGCAGGGGGGCAGAGCUGCACGGUGGAACGGGCUUUAAAUAAAGGAGAGGUUUGAUUGGUCCGUCUGUACGCUUGCGGAGAAACCGGUGUUACCGAUUUAAACAAGCGUCAAAGAGAGAGAUCGGAAAUGGAGACUUAAAAAUAAAAGCUUAAAUAAAUAAUAAAGGAAACCUU